UCUAACUGAAUCCAAAUCCCUUUAGAGCCGAACAAACCCAAAUCACGGGAGCAAAAAGAGAAACUCACCGGUGGUCAUGCGGAACCCGCCUCCACCUCCGUCCCCAACGCCGACGACCUCACCGUCACGUUCCAUCGAGAAAAGGAACUCUCUUCCUAGAAUCGGUCAGAACUUCCCGGAAAGAGCAAUCCUCGCCGCCUUAAAAGAGCAAUCAUGUUCGAUAUGCCUUGAAAACCUAACCCACCGACGCGCCGCCGUGAUCCCGUCGUGCAGGCACGGGUACUGCCUCGGUUGCAUCCGCAAGUGGAGCGGCGUCAAGAGAACCUGCCCUCUCUGCAACGCUCGUUUCGACUCCUGGCUCGUCGUUAACGAUCUCGCUUCUAGAACAUUCCGCGAGGAGCGCUUACCGCUUCUCCGUGAUCGCCAGACAGUGACUUAUCAUCGUCGGAAUAUCAUCCCUUCCGGUCGCCGGAGGACGAUUCCUAGGUCAACGGAUGUGUUGGAGAGCUCUAGCUCGAGAAGGUCAAGGCCAUUGCCGUGGAGGAGAUCUUUUGGACGGCCUGGUUCGGUUCCUGAUCAUGUUAUCUUGGAGAGGAAGCUUCGCUGGCGAGCUAGCAUAUACGAUAGACAACUACGAGCUGUUCGCUUGCAUUCUAGGUCAAGCUUACUACUGGUGAAUGAUGAUCACACUAAGGCGAGGAUAACUGAAAGAAUCGAACCGUGGAUGAGAAGAGAGGUUCAGGCAGUCCUUGGAGAUCCCGAUCCUUCAAUCGUUGUUCAUUUUGCAUCGGCCCUUUUCAUCAAAAGGCUUGAGAGAGAGAAUAAUGGACAAUCAGGGCAGGGAGGAGGGAUACUAGUGGAAGACCAAGUCUCCUCCUCUCUUGGAAUAUUCUUGGGUGAUAAGGAGGAUAUCUUUUGGCAUGAACUGAGAUGUUUCGCUGAGAGUAGCCUCACGAUGGAAACAUACGAUGCAGUAGUUGAGUACAAUGAGGUGGAGUAGUGAUGGCAGUAAAAAAGAGAUAACCCAGGAUUACGCUAUAUAUAUAUAUAUAGAAAGACUUAUGAUGACACUGUUGGUGUCUUGGAAGUUGAAGAACAAGUGUAAGGUCGCCAGUAGGUAGGUAGGAAGAUGUUGAGAUGAUAGAAGUUUAGGUGUGUGUGGUCUCUUCUCAAAUAGAUGAGUGACACUUAGUGGAAAGAAAACUGUAGUUAACCCUCCAAUGUUAUUGAAAUGCAACGCUUUUCCUCACCUCAUCAAUGUUUCUUAGCUUUGGAGGACCACCCCACCACCUUGUUCAACUACAUUAAUUAAAAAAGGUAACUAUUUUUGAGUCGUUU